UUUUACACGCUGGAUGCGGCUGAGGCAAUGAUCGUCUGCAUUGAGCGCUUCUAUUUUAACCGAAUACAAUAUCAUUUAGAGGCUAGAGUUUUUGACUGCAUCGUUGGUCUAGUGGUUAACAUAUUCGACUUAAGAUCACAAAGUCCAGGGACGCUCCCCGUCUAAGGCCAAUGAAAUAGUAUUAUUGGGAUUUCUAUCAAGCAUUUCUUCGCACCAGCCGAAGUUCGGAAAUGCGCGGUCGUUCACCCCGUGCCUCGGAGAGCAUGUUAGGCUGUCGGUUCCGCGCCUGAUCUCUUCCAAUUGUGUCAGAGCUGACCCCAUCGGACUAGAGAGAUUUGUCGCAGACAUCAGACCUGCCAAUAUCUCGCUCGUAGUUGUGAUUUUUUUUUGGAAAUUGACCAACGUGGCUGCAAUCGGUCCGGGAAACCGGGUUGUAUGAAAAGAACAUGAUUGAACCUAAUCAUGGACCCAAAUUGUGAUUCAACAGGUGUUCGUGUGUAUACGUUUGUAGAUGAACAUCAUCAAAACAAAAAUGGAUCUCGUCCAUGGUGGCACAAAUUAUGUUUACGAUUUCAUCAAGCCGAUAAUACGCUAUCACGUGAGCCGACAUGGUGGGGAAAGGUUUUCCCUUUUCCUUUAUUUCCGACUUUCAGGCAGUCUGCUCAACAACUUUGUAUUAUUAUCUUUUUUCUUCUCGUCUGGGGCAUAUUAUACGCUGAACUAGGAGAACCUAUGAGUUUAAAUGGAGAACUAUUGAGUAUGACGAUUCUAGUCAUCUCUGCGUACUUAAUCGGCUGGAUCUGGCUCAAAAUAACCACAUUGCCAGCAUUAAUAGGCAUGCUACUUACUGGCAUACUGUUCCAAAAUUUACAAUUGGUGCAUAUGUCUGAUACUUAUCGAAAACUGAACCAAGACCUAAGAAAAGUGGCCUUAGUCAUUAUAUUAAUGAGAGCUGGACUAGGUCUUAACGCAGGUGUCCUGAAAAAGCACUACGUAGCUGUAUUACAACUGGGUAUUCUCCCAUGGUUGGUUGAGUGCAUAGCUAUCAGUGUAAGCUCACAUUAUUUGCUAAAUUUGCCAUGGAUUUGGGGAUUUCUUUUAGGUUCUAUGAUCGCAUCAGUCUCACCUGCUGUGGUAGUUCCCUGUUUAUUUAGACUAAGGGAUGAAGGUUACGGAGUUGCUAAAGGUAUACCAACACUGCUGUUAGCAGCGGCUGCCAUAGAUGAUUCCGUCAGCGUUGCCGUAUUUGCCAUAAUUCUAAAUGCAAUGUUUUCAACUGGCUCCGCCACAUUUAAUAUAAUAAAGGGUCCGCUAUCAAUCAUUGCCGGUGUAGUACUUGGAUCUCUAUGGGGUGCUUUGGCAUCUUUUAUACCCGAAAGAGGAGAUACUUAUGCUGUUCCACUAAGAUUUUUAAUAUUAUUCUUGGGUGGUCUUUUUUCAUUAUUCAUUUCAAAUCUAAUUGGGUGGAGUGGCGCGGGUCCAUUAGCAAUAGUAUCUUCUGGUUUUAUCGCAGCCUUUUAUUGGGAAAAAGAGGGUUGGCCUGUAAACAAAAAUCCAGUCAGCAAUCUUUUCAGGAUACUAUGGAUAUUCUUCGAACCAAUUCUAUUUGCUUUUACCGGAGCUCAAAUCACGCUAAGUGCCUUGGAUCCGCACGUUAUAGCCAUGGGGGCAACGUGCCUUGUUUCAUGUUUAUUGUUACGCGCCAUAGCAACCUUUUUAGUCAGCUUUAAAUGUGGUCUUAAUAGUAAAGAGAAAAUCUUCAUUGGUCUCACUUGGUUGGCUAAAGCUACUGUUCAGGCCGCAUUAGGACCGGCAGCGUUGGAUUUGAUUAACAACGGACAAACAGCUGGUACAGGCGGACCUACAGAAGAAGAGUCGUACGCUAAAGCGAUUCUCGCUGUGAGUGUACUAAGCGUGGUCAUUUCAGCACCUUUAGGAGCUAUCCUAAUUGCUUUAACAGGACCUCGACUACUUAGUCGUGACUCAAAUGAUGCAGCGGAUGUUAUUCACAAUGCAACGGACAGUAAUAGUGCAUAAUGACGUUACACAUCAAUUUUUAAGUCAGAGUUUCCGAUAUUGUACUUAGGAAUAAUGUUUUGAUUUUUUUUAUUUUAUCGUUAUUACUACCGUAAAUUUAUUUUUAACUAUUUUUAACUCAAUCUAGAUAUAUUUAGUUUAAAAAACCAAAAACUUUAAUACAGAAUUUGACCAUUCAUUAAAUAAUCUAUCUUUGUCUUCACCAUCGCUGAUUAGAAGAAUUUGAUUUGCGUGCUUUCUUGGAUAUUGAUAAAUAAAAUUAUUUUUUGUAAUA